UAAAUUGAAAACAGAAAUGGCGGUUCAUGGAAGCUUCUGUUAGCAACGUAACUGUGAAAAUGUAACGACCGCCCAGCUUUUGAAGAUGCCGAAGUUUUGACCGAAGCUUUUCUAAAAGCAAAAAUCAGAGCUUCAUCAAGAAAAAAAAAAAAAAAAAGUAUGUAUGUAACUUAGUAUGUAACCAUUAAUAACGAGUGUUAAAUUUGUAUUUAACGAUUUUGCUGGCCAGACACAAGUGGAGUGUUUUUAAUGCCAUCGCUGGAUUCCUGCUCAGAUUUUUUAUAUGCGCCGUUUUCACUGUGACAGCCUUAACUGUGCAUCAGAUUUCCAGCUGUUACUUCAGUCGAGUGCGGAGCCCCUAAACAGCUGGCCAAAGCCAAGACAGCUGUCGACUGACCAUACCUGGAUGACCUCAGGCGGUGCCAUUAACAAUGCCAGCAAACGGGAAAGUCAUUCCCCACACCCCGCUAGCCGUGGACUUUUGGCAUGUACGGAAGUGUCCAGCUACCCGGCUGUUUUUUCUGUCCCACAUGCACAGCGACCACACGACAGGGUUGACCUCCACAUGGAGCAACCGGCCUAUUUACUGCUCACCUAUCACCGCCACUUUGCUGAAAGUCAGGCUGCAGGUGAAAGAACAGUGGAUCCAUCCUCUAGAGGUGGGUGAGCCACACCUGCUCCCACUGGAUGAUAUCGGCAAGGAGAGGCUCACGGUCACACUGAUAGAUGCUAACCACUGUCCAGGGGCCGUCAUGUUUCUGUUUGAAGCCUACUUUGGCUCCGUUCUGUACACUGGGGACUUUAGAUACACUCCUUCAAUGCUGCGUGAGCCAUGCUUAAGGACUAACACCACUAUAGAUGUGCUGUACCUGGACAAUACCAACUGUGACCCCAACCGCACCCUACCGUCAAGACAGCGAGCCACUCAGCAGAUCAAGGAGAUCAUUCGCAGCCACCCCAACCACAAUGUUGUCAUCGGUCUUUAUGCACUGGGUAAAGAGUCCCUGCUGUUGGAGCUGGCAAUGGAGUUUAAAACCUGGAUUGAGGUGAGCAUUCACAGAAUGGAGACCCUUAAAGCUCUGGAGCUGCCUGAUGUCUUCACCACUGAACCGGGGGCUGGUCGUAUCCGAGUCGUGGACCAGUCAGAGAUUUGUGCCUCUGCUUUGCACCUGUGGAACAAAGAACAACCAACAUUGGCCAUCUUGCCCACCAGCAGGCCCCUGAUCUCUUUCCACCCUAACGUCCAUGUAGUACCCUAUUCAGAUCACUCCUCCUACCAAGAGCUGGAGGAUUUUGUCUCUGCGCUUAAACCUACCUGCCUUAUACCCAUUGUAGGAAACUGUGUACCUGGAAGUCUCUCUGCCUUACUGCCUCGGAAGAAGCGCCAUGAAAUCCUGGUACCAGAGUCGGUCCAGCACUACAUGUUGAGAGAGCCCAAGAGGCAGCUCAGCUCAACAGCAUACACCAGCCUUCACCGCAGGCACUUCCAGCCUCUUGUUCCCAAAGGAGUUGUAUUUGAGUCUCCUGUAAUGGGAUCCAGGAAGUCAUGUGAAGAAGCCUGGGAGGCAGAGUGCCUGGAGCAGGAUGGAUCUGAGGAAGAGAUGGACACAGAAAGUAGUGAAAAGGACUCUGACUGUAUCCUCAUGGACCUGAGCAAAGAACUCACCACCAACAAAAAUAGAAGAGGGGCUGGAGAUAUGUGGAAUCUCAAUAUAAUCCAGACAGUGUCUGAAGAAAUGGCGAUGGCAGAGUCGAUGCCACAGAGUGAACGCAUCCAGGGCAACUUUGCUCCAGAGGACAUACUGACAAACACCAAGUCCUGCUUGGAGCCCAUUGUGACUGCGCCAACAUCUUUAGAAACCAUUGCCAAAAUAAUCAGUAACCAGCACAGUGAGUGUGUGAAUAUUCAGAACAACUGCACAUUGCCAGAUGAGGAUACCAUGAGUCAGAAUGAUAGCAUGACAUUAUUUCAGAACAGCUCUUAUAAUAGUUCCCGUGCUUCAUCCAGCUCAUUGACUGAGCUGUCACAUGAGUAUAUAGAGAAGCUCGAAAACAGCCUUUUAAAGAAUCUCCCCUUCUCAGAGGAGGACUUUAAGACCUGUGGCCUCCUGCAGAAAAGCUUUGUGCAGCAGUUUACUCUUUCUCCUCGACAGUCCUCAAAAGACAACGACCUCUCAGACUGAUUUGUUUUGGGGGGUUUUUUACAGUGAAGUUUUAGCCUUCUUUUACAGGCCUUUUUGUAAUUCUGUGUCAACAUAAGCACUUUAAAGCAGUGCUAUGUUCUACUUGUACCUACUUCCUUGCAUUAUUAAUUUUUUUUUUUUUUUGGUUGGUGGCCUGGACCUUACCCAAAAGGCCAUAGGACAGGAACAGUUAAGGGGUUAAUCUGUGUAAGCUUGACAGAAAAUAAUUAUUUUUCAUUUAGAAACUGUUUUAUCCGUUGUUGGUGGGGAAACCUAAUCAGUGACUUUUUGUAUGGACAAGGCUAAGGCACAUCUUUUAGUGUUCAGUAUUAUAUAUUUAAUUUUCACACUAGUCUGAGUGUGCUCUCUUCAGCUGCACCAUUUUACACUUUUUGAAACAGAGAACACUGAUAAUUCAGAGUUUCUCUGUGAACAUUGGUGUUUAGAGUUUAGCUUCACUCCCAUGUCCUUGUUUGUACAUUCAGAUAUCAGCCUCAUGUUAUUGUUUACUGAGCAUUUUUAGGUGUCUGUUUAGUUCAGUUAUUCAUGGAUGUUGGUGAUGCAGCUUGGAGCAACUUAACAUCCGAGUGAAUAAACUCGAGACACUACAGUGUAGUCACACAUGACUGUUUUUUGGUUGCUGCUAUCUUAAUCAGUGACUCAAUCAUUGAAAGUGAAUCAUCUUUCAACCUUGAUUAAAAGUCAGAGUGUGGAUUUUGCAGCAAAAUUAGUUCAUAGCCUAAAGACUCAAAUUGCAUGUGACAAGAACGUAAUGCCAGAUAAGUCUUUUUAUUUUCUCCAUUUAAAUAAUGGCCUUUCUGGAUAGAUUUUUAAUUUUUAAUCACUUGCGUAUAGGAAAUGCAUUUAAUUUGCAUUUUUUAAUAGAAUAAUGAAAAAUGCAAACUCAUGUAUCCUGUGGUUGUUCUUGUAACUUGUAAUGGCUGAGUGUUGUUCAAAAUAAAGAUUUUUUUUUUUCUUUUUUCCCCCCUCUUACCACUAUGGCACCUUUUUCUGGUUUUGUGGCACUACUGUAGAUAAAGUGUGAAACACUGCUCAUAAGUACAUUUUCACCCAGGUAUUUUAGAAAGGAAUCAUUUUAUUUAACAAAGCAACUUAACAGCACUAUUGCAUUUGAAGUGUUUUACAGGAUAGGGUAUAUAAACCAGCUUUUUAUGUUUAAUAAGGCAGCUGUGGCACAUUUUAAUAACACACUCUGCCAGUCAAGCAAUCUUGAGGAGAGUUGACAGGAAACAAUUUAAAAAUCCUCUGAUCCUAUAUAAUUACCAUAAUAUAUGAUGAUGAUGAUGAUACUUUAUUGAUCCCACAAUGGGGAAGUUACUGUUUUAAAUAAAUUUUAGCAGUACAAAUUUUUAAAAGAUGUGAAAAAUCAACAGAAGGUUCAAGAAAAAUCAAAAACUGCUGUAUGGGAAAAACCAUUUCUCACUACAAACUUUUUGUCAUUUCCUGUUUAUAAGUAUUACAGUAUCAGCUCUGUUGGACUCUGUUUUCUGCUUAAAAACUAUUGAAAGGGGCAUUGUGCCCCUUACAUAAUCUGUUCACUAUGAUCUUCUGAUUACCAGCAAAAUAAUUACAUGCUCAGUGUUUGGUUCAAUCCUUUCUACAGAAACGAAAAACUAAUUCUUAUAGACCUGUACAUUGUGAAGCUUCUUUUUCCUUCAUUUGAGAUAAAAAUAAUUUGGCUGUAUUUUAAUAGAAUAAAUACAAAGUAAUUCAUCACAAGCAUAGUACGUGUUUCUUUUCCUAUGCUUGUGAUGAAUUAAUGUGUUACUGCAUGUUUGGUAAAGGAAAGCAUUCAUCUUUACAGAGAUUAUUUUCUUUUGAAAUAAAGUCAAAGGAAAACCUGUUAUAGAUGUAACUAUGAUAUGAAAGUUGAAUGGAGCCUCCUUGUGUAUUAGUUGUCUCCUUAAUUUACCCUUUUUUUUUCAGCUGACAUACUCCACAAACUAGCACAAAGGUUUUCAGUAUCCACUGUACAUGUAUGCUAAAGAGUCACAGCUUUUUCUUGCUGCAGUGCUCCUAUUCUCCCCUAAGAUGGCAGUAGUUUGUUUAAAAAAAAAUCAUCUGAUUUUACUUUGUCUUGCCUUCCAUUUGAAAGUGUUUUGAUGUUGUUGCUGCUAUUAUUGCUGUA